AUGGCUGAUGGGUCAAAAGUGUACAAGAAGACCUGCCCCAAUGGAAAGCUAUCCAUCUACCUGGGGAAACGAGAUUUUGUGGACCAUGUGGAAUCUGUGGAACCUGUCGAUGGGAUUGUCUUGGUUGACCCAGAGUACCUGAAAGACCGGAAAGUGUAUGUGACACUGACCUGUGCAUUCCGCUAUGGCCGCGACGACCUGGACGUUAUUGGGCUCACCUUCCGGAAGGACAUCUAUGUCCUCACUGCCCAGAUGUUCCCUCCUGUGCCUGACCAGGUCCCCAAGACGCUCACUCCUUUGCAGGAAAAGCUGAUGAAAAAGCUGGGGGAACAUGCUUACCCUUUCACCUUUGAGAUGGCAACCAACCUCCCUUGUUCUGUCACCCUCCAGCCAGGACCAGAUGAUGCUGGAAAGUCUUGUGGGGUCGACUUUGAGGUCAAAGGAUUCUGUGCUGAAAACCUGGAGGAGAAAAUUCACAAGAGAAAUUCGGUGAGGCUGGUGAUUCGGAAGGUCCAGUUUGCACCUGCCCAGACAGGCCCAGCCCCAAAGUCGGAGACGACCAGGCAGUUCAUGAUGUCAGAUAAGCCUUUGCACCUGGAGGCCUCUCUAGAUAAGGAGGUUUAUUACCACGGAGAUCCAAUUGGCGUUAAUGUCAACAUCAACAACACCACCAACAAGAUUGUGAAGAAGAUCAAAAUAACAGUUGAGCAAGUCACAGAUGUGGUUCUAUAUUCGCUGGACAAAUACACCAAGGCUGUCUGUACAGAGGAGUUCAUGGAGAACGUGGCUGCCAACUCCACCUUCUCCAAAAAAUACAGCAUCACCCCCAGCUUGAGCAACAACCGGGAGAAGAGGGGUCUGGCCCUGGAUGGGAAGCUCAAGCAUGAGGACACUAACCUGGCCUCCACCACUGUUCUGAGACCUGGGAUGGACAAGGAGGUUCUUGGGAUCCUGGUUUCCUACACAGUGAAAGUCAACCUGAUGGUAUCCAGAGGAGGCAUCCUGGGAGAUCUCACAUCAAGCGAUGUUGGUGUGGAGAUGCCUGUUGUCCUGAUGCAUCCCAAACCUGAAGAUGCUACACCAAGCGAGGAAGAUAUUGUGAUCGAGGAAUUUGCUCGCCAAAAGCUCAAAGGGGAGAAGGAUGACGAGGAAGAGAAGGAAGAAGAAGACAAAGAGAGCUAA